GUGUUUGUGUUUGCUAAGAAUCAUCGGAAAUCUUAUAGCGACUCCAUUGCUAGCGCUGUCAGCGAUUUUUACAAGUCUUCCGGGGACAUUGACGAGCUUAUGUGGUCGGCCGGGUGGCUAUAUCACGCUUCUGGGGAUGAGGAUUAUUUAAACUACAUUGCACAAUUAGGUGAUCUAAAUGACGACCAAACCUUCAGCUGGGACAACAAAAAACCUGGGGUAAAAGUUAUCCUAUCCAAGAUAUUCUUCGAGACUGACAGACAAGAUUUACAGAGGUACCAGGAGCAUGCCAACAAUUACGUUUGCAAUGUACUUAAUGGAAAACGUACACUAGGUGGGCUAUAUUACCUGGGCGAGUGGAGCAAUCUCCAAUACCUGACAGCAUCAUUUCUCCUAGGAACCUAUGCAAAACAGCUGAAGUCGGCCCAACACCCUGCCAUGCCUAUUUGUGUCCACUCGGCAAAUGAUCUCAUUGAAUUUGUGAGGCAACAGGUGGACUACGUUCUGGGGGAUAACCCGAAAGGAAUGUCCUACAUGGUCGGGUUCGGGGAUAACUAUCCACUCAAGAUACACCACAGGGGCGCUUCUAUUGUAUCGGUGAAGAAGUAUCCUAAGUCCAUGGGCUGCUAUGGUCCUGCCCUGACAACAAAUGAUGCGAACCCGAACAUUCAUGUCGGAGCCAUUACGGGUGGUCCGGAUGAGAGUGAUGAGUACGAGGAUAACAGGCAAAACUAUCAGCAAUCUGAGCCAGCGACCUACAUCAAUGCCGCAUUUGUUGGAGUUGUUGCUUCCUUACUCGCUCAAUAGAAGUCCAUCUUAACUACGUCGCACUGUUUUUUUCCUGCACUUUCUCUUUUCCUAUAAUAUCCAUUAUCUUAAAUGUCAACAUUCUUGACUGGGUUAUGUUCCCAACUUGUGACUUCCUACUUGAAGUGUUACAGUGAUGUCAUCGAACCACUAGGUGAUUGGCAAUUACAUCGCACUAUAUAUCUUCCACUUUUAUACUCCGU